AUGGCGACUGUGUCGAUCGAUUCCCCAGUAUCUCCGGUGUCUCCUAUGGCCCGGAGGAGGCCUUUUGAUGCUUGGCCCAUCAACAGACCCAGCACUGCGGAAGGUCCCAUGUACUGGUUCCAGACGAGUGGCCAAGAUCUCUCAAACAUGCUGCGAGAAGCCGACUGCCCCCAAGACAUCCAACGCCAAUUCCUCACAUGGUACCGGGAUACCAUCUGCCCACAACUGGGCAGCAAGCCUGAAGCUGAUUCCCUUAAGUCCGUAUCCGGCUGGGACGGCAACCCAUUCGAGUACAGCUUUGAGCUGAAGGGAACUACCAAGAACCCUGGUGUUCGAUUCGCUGUUGACUUCGCCCCUCUCCGCCCCGCAGACAAGGUCAACCCUCUAAGUCUGGCGCCUGCCCAGAGGGUUCUCGACUCACUAGCCAAGAAGGGUACCAUGUUCGAUGACAACUGGCACCGUGCUCUUGCUCGAUGGUUCACACACGCACAUCGAUCCACAGAGGAGCAACAAGCACUCAUCUCCAAGGUGGGAUACCAAUCAUCCAUGAUGAUUGGCUUCGAUGUCGCUUCUAAGAUUUUAAUCCCCGGCAAGCUCCCUGUCAUGGCCAAGGAUUACUUCGCGCCUGACAUGACAGCUGCCACGAUGGGCAUCAACAACUGGGAAGUCGUCAGCCAGGGUAUCCGUCAGCUCCCCUCCAUCGAGCAAUACCCUAACAUCCUUUCAUCUGUGAAAAUGAUGGAAGGGUACCUUGCCGAGCACCCCGGUCUCGAGAAUGGCACUCGCGGCAUGUCGACUGAUUGCGUCGCUCCUGGCUUGGCGCGCCUAAAGAUUUACAUGCGCUACCACGGAGAGUCGUUCGAGGAGAUCUGGGAUUACUACACUCUAGGUGGACGUAUCCCUAACCUUGAGAGCGAUAAGGAGACGUUCCGUGACCUGUGGAACUACACGAACGGUACUUUCUUCGACUCUGAGGUCGAUGAGAACGGUGAGAAGUACGAAGUUAAGCCUGGUCUAUUAAGACACAAGCCGGUUGCCAUAUACUUCUCUCUUUCCCCUAAGAAGCCCUACCCCAUCCCUAAGAUCUACUUCUCCCCUGCUCGCAAGGCACCCAAUGACAAGGUGAUUGCUCGGGGAUUGGAUGCGUGGUUGAUGAAGUACGGAUGGUACGAUGGUGGUAAGACGAUGGAGGAGCGUGUCACCAGUGUCUUCACCCACCGAAAACUAGAAGAGAAGGUUGGCAUCUUCACCUUCGUUGGCCUUGGCAGGAAGGAGUCUUCAGACCCCAGCAAGGCUGGCCUAAGCUUGCAGGUGUACCUAACGCCCGAGUUGUACGAGACACCACGUGUAUAA